GGUGUGAAGGCAAUGCAAUUUAUUUAUAUAGCACAAUUAUGACACAGAUGCAAUUCAAAGUGCUUUACAUAAGCAUAACUAUACAAAACAAAUAAAACAGAAAAUACGACAGGUCAGUAAAAGCAGCCGACAGAGGGUGCUAGUGGACGCUUUUCCUCCCAACACGUGACGAAGGAGUCGAUAGGGACUCCCAGUGUGGAUAGCAGCACUGCUUGUCUGAACACCAGGUAACCACAACCGACUUAACCACUGAAGGUUUCAAUGGUGUUGGCUUGAUGGAAUCCAAGUGGGUGGCAGAGUGAUGGUCUAAGGACUCGCAGUCACGGAGGUGCUUGCGCGUGGAAUGUUGCGCUGGUCGGUGCACCUAGAAGGAGGGCCGCGGAGAGUCAACCAUGCUGCUGUGGCGGUGGGGCACAAGGUGUACUCCUUUGGAGGCUACUGCUCCGGGGAGGACUACGAGACACUCCGUCAGAUUGAUGUGCAUGUCUUCAACACAGUGUCUUUGCGCUGGAUGAAGUUGCCUCCACUGAGGACCGGAGGACAUGAACGUGCCCGUGAAGUGCCAUAUAUGCGUUAUGGCCACACAGCUGUGCUACUGGAUGAUAUUAUCUACCUCUGGGGUGGGCGUAAUGACACAGAGGGGGCCUGCAAUGUGCUUUAUGCCUUUGAUGUCAACACCCACAGAUGGUUCACACCCAAGAUUUCGGGUACUGUUCCAGGGGCAAGGGAUGGCCACUCGUCCUGUGUCCUGGGGAAGGCAAUGUAUAUAUUUGGAGGAUAUGAGCAGCUGGCGGACUGCUUCUCCAAUGACAUCCACAAGCUGGACACCACGACCAUGGUUUGGUCAUUAAUUAAUGCCAGGGGCACUCCGGCACGCUGGAGGGACUUCCACUCAGCCACUAUCAUCGGGACAAAGAUGUUCGUGUUUGGAGGGCGAGCCGACCGCUUUGGUCCCUUCCACUCCAACAACGAGAUCUACUGCAACAAGAUCAAAGUGUUCGACGCAGAGACCAACUGCUGGCUGAGCACCCCUUCGACACAGCCAUUGCCAGAGGGACGCAGGAGUCACUCAGCCUUUUCCUACAAUGGGGAGCUGUAUAUAUUUGGCGGAUACAAUGCACGUAUGGACCGGCACUUCAAUGACCUCUGGAAAUUCAAUCCAGAAGCCUUUUCCUGGAAGAAGGUAGAACCAAAAGGGAAAGGCCCAUGUCCACGGAGACGACAGUGCUGUUGUAUAGUUGGAGAACGAAUUAUCCUCUUUGGAGGAACCAGCCCCUGUCCAGAGCAAGGAAUGGGUGAUGAAUUUAACCUCAUGGAUCAUUCAGACCUGUAUAUCUUAGACUUCAGCCCUAAUUUGAAGACGUUAUGCAAAAUAGCUGUUAUUCAGUACAGUCUGGAGCAGUCAGGACUCCCUCAUGAUAUCAGGUGGGAACUGGCAGCCAUGACCACCAACAGCAACAUCAGCAGGCCCAUCUUCUCCUCCCAUGGCUGACACGGCAGAACGUGAAGCAGAACUAGGACUGAGGACACUGAGCUUUUAUCCUUCUAAUCAACUGAGCUCCAACAGACUGUUUUUGUAAAGUUUGGAUCUGUGUGGGAUAUAUUUUCCACAUUCUUCAAGUGAAAACUCAUUACUGACCAAAAUAUUCUCCGUAUGACUUCCUUGGACACCAUGAGCCCUCUCAUGUAUAAGGAUAUUUUAAACCUUGGGACACUGGUUACAUGUGACAGAAAAAGUUGACACCUGUUCACAUUUUUGUCUUCUUUCUAGCCUCUCUAGAAAUCCAAUCAGCCUAUGAUAAUCAUAGACUUCUAAUCUUAAGCACAGGAAGAGACAAGAACUUCAGCCAGAGGUCUUGGGAGCUAACCUCUUUGUUGUGGAUGUCGUCCUGAUGUCACACUUGACAGAUCUCCCCUAAGAGACUAAUGUGAGCAUUCUGUUCCAGAUAAAGAGACUGAGAUGGUCAUGAGUUUGUAUAUCUUGCAGGUCUAACUUUGUCAUAAAACCAUGUCAAACUACCAUGUCCAUUUGCGGGAAAUGAAGAUAUGUACACCGUAUAAGGACGGAUUGGACAUGACUAACUUAUUUGGCGUUAAAUGCAAGGAGAAAGAAGAGUAUAGGGUAUAUAAUGGUAUGCUUGUGAAAGGUUCUGUUUGACUGACUUUCAAUGCUUACUUUGUUCCCUACUUCAUCAUAACAUGGCGAGCACCUUUCUGCUCUCAAGUGUCUCAAAAGUGAUUUGCAGGGCGACUGAAGCGAGCCGUCUGUCCGCCUUGUAAAAUAAUCAAGUCCAUCUACCUCCCUCAAUAGCAUGUAUCAUUGGGUCUUUAAUAAGACUAGACAUCUACUCGCUACCCCUAUGCUAAACUUCAAUGUUCUGCACAUUGAUAGCUGUGUUGUAAUUCUGAUUGAACAUUAGGCUCUAAAUCACAUUCAGUCUUUUAAACUGCUGUGUGGACAACAUUUGUACCUAAAGCCUUUUCACACAGAAGUUUGUAUUAGAGUUUGAGUCGUAGUGUCACUGGAGGAGUGCGACUCACCUGCCACACCACACCACCCCUUAACCCUGUAGUUUGUUUUUCAGUGCCAAAUGUAGAAGGGAAUCAUGAUGCAAAUAUAUACUGUGUAUGUGUGUAAGCACGUGGUCCCGUCUACACAUAAUCCCGGCCCUGCUGCUUCAGUUUGCCUGUUGUGGGGGAGAUGAUCACUAAUAUGCAUAAUGUAGUUGUUACACUUAUAGACAAUCCUACAGCGAUCAGAGACUCUUCUCAUGACCACAGUACGGUAAAAAAUAACAGAAAAGUGUGCAUGUGUGUUUGACUACAAGCAAAGCUAAACCUGAGCAGAUUAUUAACGCAUAAGGGCUUACACACUCACCACACAGCUGGAAAAUGACUUGGAAUGGCUCAAAUUGGGGAUGUUUAUUCAGGUUGUGUGUUUUUAUUCUGAUUGCAAAUUUUAGAACAAACCUUUUAAAACACAGGAGUGGUGGUGGUGGUCUUUUUUAAAGCAUCUAUUGUAAUCUCCAUCCACUUUAGUCAAAGGAUAAGGUUGAGGAUAUUCUAUAUUUUUGACAUAGUCAACAAAUCCCAUAAAGACCAAAAGCUACGAUGUGUUAGUCCGUCUCUCAACACUUCCCUACCCUGUCUGUGGCUCUCAUUUGUUCCAACUCAAUAGUACCAACCUGAGGUUAAUUCAUUUCCUUAAACAGCUGGUCUAGUUUUUAACAGUUGUUACUCAAACAGAAGUAAAAAAAACAACACAUUUUUAAGAAUUUUUUUCAGUCGAGAAUUUGGUGCCCUUGCAAGUACUUCCGGCAGCAGGACGAUGUGUUUACUUUGAGUCGAUCUUAAACUAAAGUGGCCUUGGUCAUUGUAUCCCAGUACAGUGCUGUGGCUCAUUUAAUAAUAGUUUUUGGAUGAAGGUAAAAGUCUUAUGGAGUAAGCUAUACCAGGCUUUGGAUACACAGACAAUACUUGUUGGAUUAAUUCAAUGUUGGUUUUGGUGUUUUUAUGGGAUUGUUAACAAAAAGAAAAAUACAAAAUAUCACUUAUCCUUUGAAUUUUACAUAUAAGAAUAAUAAAUAAUACGACAUGACAUUGAAAUGUUUGACUUGGUGAGGAUGAAUAUACAGGCAAACAAAGUUGUAUUUAUACUGCCUAUUUAUUUAGCUGUGAAUAGGAACUGUUACUACACACUUGUGAGCUGUAUCAAUGCUUUUCAGUCCUGGUCUUUGGGACCAUGUGUUUUCUGUCCGGCCAGAUAGUUCAAUUGAAUCUGUAUCAGUCAGUUUCUGAUUAGCUGGUUAGAAUUGAACCCUUCAGGGCUCUAAGUCCCAAACAUCAGGAUUGGAUAACACUGUCCUACAAGGUAAAUGUUUACAAAUCUGUGUAUUUCAUGUGAAGCAGUGUAAACAAUCUUAAACACCAGAUAACUGCACUAAAGCCAAUCGUGGCAUGUCAGGCCUUACAGGGAAGAGACAUGUUGAUGCUGCUCUUUGCCUACGUAGAGUUCCAGAUGUUUGCCUGCCCAAACCAAGUCUGAAUUUUAUUAUAGACCGGUGGUGCCAAUGUGACUCAUAUGGACAUAUCACACACUUGAUAUUCCUCAGUACCCCCGUUACUUGGACUAUUAUAACAGCUAAUGCAGUGAAACCACAGGCAAGCUAAUCACAAAAGAAACUACUGGUGAACAAAUCAAACUCUUUAUGUGACACCAAAUGGACGUUGGCAAAACUGCUGUUAUUUUUUUUUCUUCCUUUUUUUCUAAUGUGUGGUUAGGGUUAGUCAUUUUUAUUUCAGGAAGAUUAUGGGUGAUGCCAUUUUCAGUCAAGAACUUUUCAGGAAUAUGACAUGAAGUAAAUAUUAAGUAAAUGACAAUGUAGACACUAUUGUCAAAAAUGAAAUACCUGCACAACAAAUUUCCUCAGUGAUGGUCACUCGCUUACCCUAAAUAUAUUACAUUUUUAGUGGCAGUGAUGUAAAAACCACAGCUUUUGAGGCUUCCCUGUUAUUUCUCAUUGAAUUUUGUGAAGAGGCUUCACCAAAUAGUUGCUCAAACUUGGCAGGGUGAAAACUGUCAAAAGGGCAUCAUUAAAUUAUAGCGCACACUCAAAGUUAUUCAGUGUGAGCAGUAAUUUUUUGCCAAGCAGAAGUACGUGACCCAACUGAUUUCAUGCCAAGAAGUGUAUUCUAACUUUAAGGCUUUACAGUAUAUGGUUGAAUAGUUCAUAAACAACAAAGAAUGCUUGAGGAAAAUAGAACAAAGUGUGGACUGUAUUUGGAUUUGUUUUAUACCUGUGCAGGCCCCCUAUGCUUACUGUUUUUAUUUUGUAUUUAACACAUUUUUCAGAGGGUUGGUCAGGACUUCCUGUGCAAUAUACUUUAUUACUGUAUCAACAAUAAAUCUGAGAACAUUACAUUUGUCAUUUUAAA